UGGAAAACUGCGUGUAGUAAUUGGUGACAGUUCUAAAGCAGCGCUAACCGCAUUUGUGCACACGCAGCCUUAGUCAGCAACCCUCGCCUAACUUAUCGCGCACAUCAUUUUCUGCGCUUCCCGCAGACGAUUUGCGAUUUCGAUUUCGACAUCCGACCACUCCAAUCGCCAAUCCUCCGUCCAAAAAAAAAAAAGAAGCUCAAUAUUCGCAAUGGCCAAGGCUAAGAAGACCGGUGACACCAUCGCCAGCCGUUUGGCUCUGGUUAUGAAGAGUGGAAAGGUCACCAUGGGCCAAAAGUCCACCCUCAAGUCUCUCCGCUCUGGCAAGGCUAAGCUGAUCUUGAUCGCUGGCAACUGCCCUCCUCUCCGCAAGUCUGAGCUGGAGUACUACGCCAUGCUCGCCAAGACUCCCGUUCACCACUUCAGCGGCAACAACAUUGAGCUCGGAACUGCUUGCGGUAAACUCUUCCGCUGCUCCACCAUGGCUGUCCUCGACCAGGGUGACUCCGACAUCCUCUCCCAGGAGGCUUAAAUUCUCGUUUUAAGAAUUGCUUAAUACGUUCUCAUGAAGGCCAUUCAUUCUUUGAAGGGAAGUCAGCAAGGGUACUCUGGGUCUUGUAUGAUCGUGAAUCAUAUCCAGACCUAGGUGCAUUAUACAUAAGACCACAUGCUGUGUUUUACAAAACACAGUCGUGUUGGGCAAUUUUGCCAGGCGUCCCGGGAGGAAAAAAGUUUUCUCUAGCUUACCAUGAUACCACGAUCAAAAAUUCGAGAUUAUUGAGCUUCAUUUUUCUUCCAUUCCCUCUUCGAGUUAUGUAGAGGUAGAAAUUAGGCUUGUUGGGACGGCUUCAAACUUCUGAGUUGAGGCGUUAUUAUCAAAUGAUAUUUUGGC